AUGCAGUCCAGCCCGCCGCAACGCGCGUGGGAGCCACCUUCCCCCACAACAUCAAAGUACUCGCUUGAUCUUGCAGCGCUCGAGGCCGAUUCGCGCAGCGGCGCGUCAACUCCUCUCCCUACCCAGCAAGUUGACAAGAUCCUGUCCGAAGACAUCGAUGGACCCAGCGACUUCACGCAGAACCUGGAAAUGUACAUGAGAGGUGCGACGUGGACGAAGGAGACGGACAUGGACAACAAGCAGGAUGCUGGGCAAGAAUCCACGCGCGAUGACGGGGACUUGCAUGAAUCAUCAUCCACUCUGAAUGGUGAGGAUGAGAAGACUACCAGCCAUCACACACCCAGCAACAGCCCACCCAAAGACUCCGCAUUCAAUGAUGUCGAAGCUCAGGAUGCUGCGGCGGAGGACACAAGCUCCGACUGGGAUCCCUACGGCGAAGCACAAACGCCCCAGCCACAGCCCAAGCAUGGCUUUCUACAACCCACCGUGGAAGACUACUACAGUGAGCUCGUUACACCAGAUGCCUUAAAAUCCAUGCGCGUUCGCAAUGAGUCUCCGUCGCACGAUUCCAAGCCGUCAGGAGCACCCGGCAUGCGGCAGUCAUCUGGACGUGCGUCAAGUCCCACAUUAUCACCGGAGAGAUCGCCAGUCAUGGAGCGCCGCCCAACGAGUGCCCACAAUGCUGAAGACGGUCUCGCGAAACAACUCCAGGAGCUACGCAGCAAAUACACUACGCUGGAGCAACUCAACGCAACGCUCAGCAGUAAUGUUGAACAGGAGCGCCGCAUGCGCGAGGAGGCCAAUGCGGACUACGAAGCGCGGUUGGCGGAUGCAGCUCGCCGUGAACGCGACUUGACCGAAAUGAAGACCCAGUCGCAUCAACACAAAGAAGAUUUCCGCCGCGAAUUCGCCAAGUUGAAGGAGCGGGUGCAGAAGCAUGAGUCGACGCAGUCUGCCCACGAACAACAAAUGAGCGUGCUUAGGAAAGAACAUGCGAUUGAAAUGCAGAACCUGAGAGACGAGCUCGAACGCGUUAAAAACGAACACGAACAAGACCUCCAGGCGACGGAGCAGGAAGUCGAACUGGAGAGACGCAGUCGCGAGGAUGCCGAAGAAUCUGCACGUGCAGACCGUGAAGCACUUGAAAAGCUCAAUGCUCGCAUCGAGAAGAUGCACGCGGAUAUGCAACAAGGUGAGGAGCUACGCGAGCAAAUCAAGGAAAAGCUCCGUGUCGUCACCAUGGACAACGAGAUGCUGCGAGCACCGAGACAAGUCGAAGAACGAGCAAAGGCGGCCGAAGAGCGGGCCAAGGUGCAGGAGCAAGUGAUCAACAAACUGCAAGGCCGCGUUGGAGAACUGAAAGGGCAGCUGCAUGCCGAGAAGGUCGCGAAUCAAUCGGCCAGUCUGCGCGCUGCUCCGCCCUCCAAAGUAUUGCAAGCCGAGGUCAACACGCUCCGCGCCAAAGUCAACGAACUCACAAUCGAGCGCGACGAAUUGCAGGACAACUUCGGCGCCGCGGAUACGGAGAGAAAGCAGGCGAGGAAGAAGCUUGCCGGUCUGCAGGAGAUGCAGGAGGCGAUCGAUAGCAAGUUUGCCACUGCCUGGGACAGUCGGGAAGUCAUGUGGAAGGAGAAAUGGGACGCUUGGCAGAAGGAGCGCAGGCUGAUGGCCAAGGUGAUCAUGAGGCAGUGGGGGCGUGAAGAGAUGGGCCCGCCGGAUGAGAAUGGGCGGCAGCCGUAUCGGUACAAGUAUGGGGGCCCGGCGAGGAAGAAGCAGACGACGCAAGCGACGCAGGAGGCGAAGUGA